AUGUCCGAAACCGUCCGACGAGCGUCCGCCGGAUUCUCCACUAUUUCACGGAGUCGGUCUCCGCGUCGGAUCCAGCCGCAGCUUUUCCAUGUACGAGAGCUGAGCGGCCAGUGCGCUGGACCCCUCUGCCUGUGGAUCCUUCGGUCUCGGGUCUCGAAGGGUGGAUGCUCCUUCGGCCUUGGUGGUUGGACGCGAAGGGGCGACGAAAUUGAUUCCGCACGAUAA